UUUGCGUCCAUACCGGAAUAACGCAAGAGGUUACAGGAGCGGGCGUUACAUUCGUUACAAAUUUUCCGUUUUUCAUUACAGAAAAUUUCAACGGGAAAAUAGAAAAUUUGAAAAUAUGACGUCACGCCAUACGUCAUUUCUCCUUUUGAUCGUCGUUGGAGUGACGAUCUAUGACGACGCAGGUGUCACAGCCAACCCGGUCCACUUCAAGCCCUUACAAAAUGGAAGAAUGCUGGCCACAGAAGUGCCGAGAUCCAAAACAGCUUUGCCUAUGCUCACUAAAAGCAACCGCCCCUCCUGCAAUGGCGGGCAAAAGGACCCGCCCUCCCGUGUGGAUACAACCCAGAGAGUUGCAAAUUUGCGCGAGCAAAUGAAGAAGGCCACCUUGGCAGCUUACAUCAUCCCAAGUGGCGAUGAACACCAGAGCGAGCAAGUGGCAGCACCGGACGAACGCCUCAAGUAUAUCAGUGGUUUCAGCGGAAGUGCUGGAAGAGCCAUCGUCACCAUGACCCAACAAGCUUUGUUUACCGAUGGGAGGUACUUCUUGCAAGCCGAGGAUGAACUCGAUUGCAACUGGAUACUUAUGAAGGAUGGGGAGGCGUUUGACCCAAACGAACUAGAAUGGUUAGGAAUGACAUUACUUCCACGUUCCAGAGUGGGUGCAGAUCCGAAACUGAUUGGUGCAGAAACUUGGCUGACCGUCAGUAACCUACUUCAGUACUACGGCCUCGAGGUGGUGGAGGUGGAGGAAAACCUUGUGGAUUUGAUUUGGAAAACAGACGGCCGUCCUGAUUAUGUCUCAGACCCGAUAUUCAUUCAUGAACUCAAGUAUGCUGGUAAAUCCUGGCAGGAUAAAGUCGAAGAAGUACGAAACAUCAUGAAACAAUACAAAGUAGAUAUGUUAAUCUUAACAGCUUUGGAUGAAAUCGCUUGGCUCCUGAAUCUACGUGGUAAUGACAUUCCUUAUAAUCCAGUAUUCCGCUCCUACGUAACAGUGACACUCAAUGAACUGAACUUGUUUGUAUCAACCACCAAAAUAAGGAAUAAUGUACGGGAACAUUUUGCUGCUGGCAGCGUCAAAAUCAGUGAAUACAAUAACUUCUGGGCGCAUCUAGCUACAGUAACAGGAAUCGUUGUAAUACCAGAAGCCAGCUCUUAUGCAGUAUAUUCUAAGAUAAAGACUGCGUCAAGGUUCAUAGAGCCAUCUCCUGUUAUUCUCAUGAAAGCACAGAAGAAUGAAGUGGAGAUCAAAGGUAUGAAAAAUGCCCAUGUGAAGGAUGCCGUUGCCCUAUGCGACUUUCUCAGCUUCAUGGAGACAGAGAUCGCCUUGGGCAAACCUUGGACAGAAUUAUCAGCAUCUAGGGAGCUCUCACGGUAUCGAGCCAUGCAAGAGGGAGCCAUGGGAGACUCCUUUGCAACCAUCAGUGGAUUUGGACCUAAUGGUGCUGUUAUUCACUAUGAACCAUCUCUAGAAACUGAUGCUAAUUUAACAUCAUCCUCCAUUUACCUUCUAGAUUCUGGUGGACAGUAUUUGGAUGGCACCACUGAUGUAACUCGCACAAUACACUAUGGUGAACCCACUCCCCUAAUGAUUGAGACCUAUACACGAGUCCUAAUGGGUCAUAUUGACCUUGCUACAGCUGUGUUUCCAAAAGAAAUACUUGAUAGCAGAGUUGACAUUCUUGCCAGAAAACCUUUAUAUGAAAUUGGAUUAGAUUAUAAUCAUGGAACAGGCCACGGGAUUGGAAUGUUUCUGGGUGUUCAUGAAGCUCCUACCAACAUUCGCACCAAGGGAACUGGCAGCCCAUUUCAGCCUGGAUAUUUCUUCUCUGUUGAGCCUGGGUACUACCAAGAUCAUGAAUUUGGCAUUCGCCUUGAAAACAUAAUGAUGGUGAUAGAAAAGGAUACAAAGUACUCAACAAAGCCAAUGUUUGCCUUUGAACCUGUGACUCUGGUGCCUUUUGAAGCAAAGUUAAUUGAUACAAUACUUCUCAACAAAAUGCAGUGUGAUUGGCUGAACGGUUACCAUGAAAAAGUCCUUAAUGUGGUUGGUAAAGAACUAUUGACUCAAAAUAGAAAGGAAGGCUACAAUUGGCUCGAAACAAAAACAAAACAAUUGCACUGUUCAGCUCCUGGAACUUUGACAAUAUCUUUGUUACUACUAUUGGUUACACUCUACAUUUCCACUAUCCACCAGAGAUACUGACCCCUUCAGAUUCUUGGGAGUGUCUACUCUUUGUCUGGAAUAAAGCACAGUUCUCGCUUACAACUAAUGAGCUUAAAACUAAUCUUUCUUCAUUACUUGCAGUUGAUUAACGUCUUGUAAUUUAGUGCUGAUUUUGGUUCCAUUCAAUGGCUGAAUAUGCUAAUUUUGGCCUCAUUUUAACCUAAAUAUCCAGACUUUGAUUCCCAUUUAUAAUUGAAUAAUUGUACUGUACUUUGAUUUGGUAGGUUUAAAAGUAAAAAUAUGUAGCAUGAUUAAAAACUCAGACACAAUGUUAGAUGAGAAAAUAAAAUUUUUAACAUUUGAAAAUAAAAAAUAAAAAAAUAA